AUGCCCUUCCCCAUGGCUGCUCAGCACCACAGGCACAGCAGGACACGCUCCCGGACGGGACCACUGGGCUCCAGUGAGGCCACCAGCACCCUGCUGGGAGGCCCUGUGACGGGGGGACACCCCGAGUGCCGGCUGGGGGCUGAUGGGUUUGUGCCCCUGGCAGGGCCAUCCCCGACGUCCUCCAUCCACGUGUACACGCAGCGGGAGGUGUACGGCACCGUCGGCUCCCACGUCACCCUCUCCUGCAGCUUCUGGUCCAGUGAGUGGAUCUCCGAGGACAUCUCCAUCACAUGGCACUUCCAAGCCGAGGGCUCCCGCGACAGCAUCUCUAUAUUCCACUAUGCCAAGGGCCAACCCUACAUCGAUGAUGUGGGCAGCUUCAAGGAGCGGAUGGAGUGGGUGGGCAACCCCCACCGCAAGGAUGGCUCCAUCGUCAUUCACAACCUGGACUACACCGACAACGGCACCUUCACCUGCGAUGUCAAGAACCCCCCCGACAUUGUGGGCAAGUCCUCCCAGGUCACACUCUACGUCUUCGAGAAAGUGCCCACUCGCUAUGGCAUCGUGCUGGGCUCCAUCAUCGGCGCAGCUCUGCUGCUGGUGGCCGUGGUGGUGGCCCUCGUCUAUCUCAUCCGUUACUGCUGGCUGCGGCGGCAGGUGGCCCUGCAGCGACGGCUGAGUGCCAUGGAGAAGGGGAAACUGCAGCGAUCGGCCAAGGACGCAUCCAAGCGCAGCCGGCAGGUGAGUGCCAAGGGCUUGGUGGGGGUAAAAUGGCCUUGA